AUGUCACGCAGCCCUUCUCCCCCCUAUGAGGAUGAGAACAAGAAAUCUGGAACUGAAGGCAACAUCAAUGGUGUAGAGAAAGAAGAGGGUAUUCACAUUGUUCUUUGGGGUGACAAGAAUGUCCGGCACAGUUUCAUUCGUAAGGUCUACAGCAUCAUCUCUCUCCAACUUCUGGUGACUGUGGGCAUCAUUGCAAUCUUUACUUUUGUACAACCUGUUAGUGAUUUUGUUCAAAAGAAUUAUGAAAUCUACUAUGCAUCUUGGUUUGUAUUCCUGUUCUCUUAUCUUGUGCUGGCCUGUUGGAAGAGCAUCCAGAGAUGGUUUCCAUGGAACAUAAUCCUUAUGACGAUCUUUACUUUGGCCAUGGGAUUCAUGACAGGCAGCAUUGCUAGUGUAUAUAAUACCAAGGCUGUAAUAGUUGCCAUGAUUCUCUCAGCUCUUGCAACCAUAACCAUCACUAUCUUCUCCUUCCAGACAAAGGUGGAUUUAACAUCCUGUAAUGGCUUUUCCUGUAUUGUAGCCAUUGUCAUCAUGCUGACUGGUUUAGCCACAGCCAUUGUCCUGUUCUGCACAUAUAUAUACUGGCUUUAUGUACUUUUUGCAGACCUCAUUGUAAUUGCCUUCACCCUGUUGCUAGCUUAUGAUACUCAAGUGCUGCUGGAACACAAGAGCUUUGCCAUCAGCCCUGAGGAUUAUGUGUAUGGAGCCAUCCAUGUCUACAUCAAUAUAAUCUACAUCUUUGGCGGCACCCUACAGCUUACAGGAAGGGCUUAG